AUGUCGUUCGGAUCAAGACUGGGAGGUUUCAACAGUACCGUUUCUUCGUUGGGAAGCACUACGACCCCAUCAACAAAUGGUACACUACAAGAACUGUCGAAUGAUAUUGUAGUGAAUAAUAUUGGAGACGACAGUGUCAGUGAUAUUGCCUUCUCUCCUCAAGCUGAAUACAUUGCCAUUUCCAAUUGGGAUAAGAAAGUUAGGAUUUUCGAAGUUACCAACAGCGGACAGGUGGAAGGUAGAACAUUAUAUGAACAUGAAGGUCCUGUAUUGUCUACUAGAUUUACAUUAGAUGGUACUAAGGUAGUCAGUGGUGGUGCAGACAAACAGGUCAAGUUGUUUGAUUUAGCAUCGCAACAAGCACAAACCAUCGGUAUGCAUAAUGACACUGUUAGGGUUGUUAGACAUGUAAGCUGUGGGCCUCAGAACACACCAUGUGUUGUCAGUGGAUCAUGGGAUAAGACGCUGAAGUAUUGGGAUACCAGACAACCAAAUCCUAUUUGCACGCUAGACAUGCCUGAACGUGUCUAUGCUAUGGAUUCUGCACAAAAACUUCUAGUUGUGGGUACGGCUGAAAGGCAUGUUGUGGUUAUUAAUUUAGACAGUCCAGAUAAAAUAUUCAAACAACAAAUGUCGCCACUCAAGUACCAAACGAGAUCUAUUGGAUGCUAUCCAAAGGGGGAUGGGUUUGCAAUUGGGUCCAUUGAGGGCAGAUGUGGUAUUCAGUACGUCGACGAAAUACAACAGAAACAAAAUGGGUUUUCAUUCAAAUGUCAGAGAAAUCCUAAACCUACCAAGGAAACAGAUAUUUACGCCUUGAAUUCGGUUGUAUUCAAUCCUCAAUAUGGUACUUUUGUCACUGCGGGAUCAGAUGGUACAUUCUCCUUUUGGGAUAAAGACUCAAAACAUCGUUUGAAGGGAUAUCCUUCAUUGAAUGCAACGAUACCUGUUGUUAACUUUAACAGAACAGGUAUGCUAUUUGCAUAUGCUCUAAGUUAUGACUGGAGCAAAGGAUACCAGGCUAAUACUCCUAAUUAUCCAAACACAGUUAGGUUGCAUGUCUUAAAAGAAGAAGAAGUUAAACCAAAACCAAAAAGAAAGUAG